AUCAAAACUGAUGUGUACCACAGGACCAUAAUUUUCCCAAUGGCUGCUCCACCGACUGACAUUAAAGAAGACUGAAAAGCUACUGCCUGAUCAGAAAAGAUGUCCAAUAUUCUUCAUGCAGCUUCCAAACUGAAAUGGAAUCAAACCACUGCGGCGAAACAAGCCGUCAUUCUUGUGGCUGCUGCAUACGGCGUGAAAACCCUAUAUCCCAUCAUCAGCCGACAAAUCAACAAACGAAAAGAGCACAAGAGCAACUCAGAUGCAAAGGGAAACGGUAAUGGAGUACUGUCAGUCCAGAAAUCUGCAUCUGUGACGGUACAUGUCCACAAAUCGUCACCUGGUGUAAAUGCGGAUUUUUUAAAGCAGAUACUUGAACUAGUUAAAAUUGUAUUUCCUAAGCUUUUAACCAAAGAGCUUGGUCUGCUCUGCCUACACUCUCUUGCUUUGAUCUCGCGGACGUUUUUGUCUAUCUAUGUUGCUGGGUUGGAUGGCAAAAUCGUGAAAACAAUCGUCGAAAAACAGCCCAAGACAUUCAUCAUCAAAUUAAUGAAAUGGCUCCUCAUCGCUAUUCCGGCUACAUUUGUCAAUAGCGCAAUACGCUAUCUUGAAUGUAAGCUUGCUUUAGCCUUUCGCACACGGUUGGUUGAUCAUGCAUACAAAACCUAUUUCACUGACCAGACGUACUAUAAGGUCAGUAACAUGGACGGGAGGCUGGCGAAUCCGGACCAGUCUCUCACGGAGGACAUCAUGAUGUUUUCGCAGUCGAUUGCGCAUUUGUACUCAAAUCUCACCAAACCCAUUCUUGAUGUGAUACUCACUUCCUAUACGCUCAUUCAGACCGCAAGGUCUCGAGGUGCAAACGCAAGUGGUCCGACCUUGUUGGCAGGAUUGGUAGUGUUUGCUACUGCCAAGGUACUACGUGCCUGCUCGCCUAAAUUCGGAAAACUAGUUGCCGAGGAAGCUCACAGGAAAGGAUACUUGCGAUAUGUGCACUCAAGAAUCAUUGCCAAUGCCGAAGAAAUCGCUUUCUACAGAGGACACAAGGUUGAAAUGCGGCAACUUCAGAAGUGUUAUAAGGCACUGGCAGACCAGAUGAACCUCAUCCUAUCCAAGCGUCUGUGGUACAUCAUGAUUGAACAGUUCCUGAUGAAAUAUGUGUGGAGUGGGAGUGGCCUGGUCAUGGUUGCAGUGCCCAUCAUUACUGCUACAGGCUUUGCUGACAAUGAGCUUGCAAAUGGUCAGACGCAAGUGUUGGUGAGUGAAAGGACUGAGGCUUUCACAACUGCACGAAACCUUCUGGCCUCAGGAGCAGAUGCCAUUGAGAGGAUCAUGUCCUCUUACAAAGAGAUCACAGAGCUUGCAGGAUACACGGCACGGGUGCACAACAUGUUCCUGGUCUUUGAUGAGGUGCAAAAGGGUGUGUACAAGCGCUUGUCUGUUUCAGCAACAGCAAACACCGGGGACAAGAGGAGUGGGAGCAGGCCUGAGAUGCAUAUUGAUGGCCCUCUGGAGAUUAAAGGGAAAGUUGUGGAUGUGGAUAAGGGUAUAGUCUGUGAGAACGUACCAAUAAUCACCCCUAAUGGAGAUGUGGUAGUGUCCAGUCUCAACUUCAGAGUGGAGGAGGGAAUGCACCUGCUCAUCACAGGGCCCAAUGGCUGUGGGAAGAGCUCUCUGUUCCGAAUCCUCAGUGGACUGUGGCCUGUAUAUGGCGGACUCCUCCACAAGCCCUCUCCACAACAUAUGUUCUAUAUCCCACAGAGGCCGUACAUGUCCAUUGGAACACUUCGGGACCAGGUCAUUUACCCAGACACACUGGAUGACAUGCACGAACGUGGCUACAGAGAUAAAGACCUAGAGGCUAUCCUGGACAUUGUCAAUCUAAAUCACAUCGUCACACGUGAGGGGGGCUGGGAUGCAGAGAUGGACUGGAAAGAUGUUCUGUCUGGUGGAGAGAAGCAGCGAAUGGGAAUGGCACGCAUGUUCUACCACAAGCCAAAGUAUGCCCUCCUGGAUGAGUGUACAAGUGCUGUUAGUAUUGAUGUUGAAGGGAAAAUAUUCCAGGCUGCAAAGGAUGCUGGGAUCUCCUUGCUGUCAAUUACUCAUAGACCCUCUCUCUGGAAGUACCACACACACUUGCUUCAGUUUGAUGGUGAGGGCGGCUGGCGUUUUGAACAGCUGGAUACUGCUACGCGGCUGUCCUUGACUGAAGAGAAGCAGAGGUUGGAGUCCCAGCUUGCUGGCAUUCCCAAGAUGCAACAAAGAUUGAAUGAACUGUGCAAGAUGCUUGGUGAGGAUUCUGUUUUGAAGACUACUGAACUAAAGGAUGAAGACUGAGAGUAGGAGAGUGAGAGAGAGAGAGAGAUACUCACAGAUGUAUUAAUUCUCCUUUAAAUGUGCACACCUCAGUUAUAUUCUUUUUAUUACUUUUUUCCAGUGUUAACAUUGAUUUUAAAACGCAUUGUACUGUAUUUGUGAUUUUAUAAUUACCUUGCUGAAUUAUGCUCACAAUACAUAUUUCUUUGAAUAAUGUGGUAGUUUAGAGUUUUUUAGCACUUUAUUAAAUUUCAUAAGAAUUUACCCAGGGAUGAACAUUUUUCAUUCUCAUUUUACUGUUCAGGUAGUUCUCAAACAACAAAUUUAGGUUUUACUCUGUUACAACUGUGAAAGGAAGUAGUCCAUAGUUUUGAUGAUAUUCUGUUAGAUGUUUCUUUUGAAUUCUUUUUAACAGAAAAAUCAUAACCCAGAAAUAUUGGCCUUUUUUAAGAAAUCUUGUUUUUGAUAACCAGAACACUAAAUAUGAACAGACAUAGUUUGCUAUGGAGUACAAAUAUACAGGUUAGAUAUUAGAAAUAAGUAUUAGUGUGUUUUAGUGCACUAAUUUACAUAUUUGUUUUACACUCAUUCAGAAAAAUGUGAUUUCUUGUCAAGGACUAUCUGAGCUCUGGUACUGAUUAUUGCUUUAUGAGUCUUUGUCUGAAGCUCAUUUGUAGCCUACUCUUCUUCAUAAUCACUCAUACAGGACAACUUCUUUGAUCUUGUCAUAGAUCCCACAGGAGUGGAGAAAUAGCUGUCUUUGGUGCCCAUUACAUGGUGCCUGUAAGGCUCAUAAGUUUUUGGUUUGCAAAACAGGUACAGUGAGAUGGAGGCAAUGGGUCCUGUCUGUAACACAGCAGGUGUUAGAGCUCUGGGCAACAGAUGCUUCCCUGACAUGGCCUCUUUGUAGGUUGACAGAUAACUAUGACUAAACUGACACAUUUCACCAGAGGGAUCCCUGAAACACAAUUCAAAUUGUUAAAAUGGUGAUAUUCAGUUAAAAAGCAAGUGAAUUGUUUCCGAAAGUUCCUUAAGUAUUUUUCCUCUGAGACCUCUAAGUUAAUUUUUUUUAGUGUAACGACUGUUCUUUGGUGUAGUAUUCCUUUAGCUUUUUAUGAUGUUUUUCGCCCACUUGAAAUGUAUUUAAUUUUCCCUGAUGCCACUUACCUGUCUCUCAGACGGUCAUAAUGUGAAGCAUAUUUUUCCUAGUUUUUUUUUUUUUUUAAAUGUGUGUUUGUUUCAGCUUCUGUUUUGAGCUUUUUGUUACGACAAGAUUUUAAGAAGAAUGCACACUGAAAGAGUUUUCAGUCAUUGGAAAAAAAAAAACUGAAACUGUCAUUUCUGAGGUUUUGCAUUUGAAAACAUAAUUGUUAAAUUUAUUUACCAUUUUCAGAUGGUCUCUUUAUUUUAAAUCUGCACAUGUGGUUAAGUUGCCUCAGGAAUGUUCACAGUGUAGCACAAGGUCCUUGUUUGUAUUUUUUUACCCUUAUUUUCACCCAAAUUGAAAUGUGCAAUUAAUCUUCACCUUUCGAGUCUCCCUCUUGCAUGAAAACAGCAUCAGUCCAGGAGGGUUUGGUAACCAUACCUUUUUGCUGAAUUGAGCAGCCUUUGCAGGCAGCAAUAUACAGAGUCCCUCAGUGCACUCAAACUGCACUCUUAUCUGCUGUGACAGAGAUAAAAAUGAAUGACUCUGAGUUAUUUCCAUUCUAGAUUAUCAUCUGCAUUUUAAUCACAUUCUUUUAUGUUUAUAUUACACAUAAAUUACGGAAAUCCAUAUUUUGGAAAUGCAAAAAACCCUUGCACAUUAGAAGUACUGUAUAAUAGCCCAGUUGCCUAUAUUUUGAUAUGUGAUAUCCCUCUAACUCUGGCAGCAACAGAUAUCAUUGACUAGGUCGGCUGUAAUUUGUACAUGUAAUGGCAGAAAGCAUGAAUUGUCAUUUUGAUGAAAGGAAAUACCAAAUCCUAUUUCACAAUUACUUGGCUUUUAUUCCUGCAAAACCCCAAGGCUUAGUGAGCAUCCUUUUACAGUCCUGUUAGGAGUAACAUAUGUCUCCUUUUUGAGAGCCUUUGUUGUUUCUCAAACAAGUGCUGCAUUUUUAAUGUGAAACAGAUCUAGCUGAUCACUCCCGGCCUGUCUGUUCACUGGAUGGUUUCUAUCUCGGCAUGACAGGAAUUACAGCACUCAGUGUUUUCAAAUGGUAUAGACACAAACAUGUAAUUUUGAAGUAUGCUUGAAUAAAUCAUUGAAGGUUAGAGUCUGGCUGUAUGAGGAAUAUGUAAAUCAUAAAGAGCAAUUUGCG